UUGCGGGAGAUUUGGGUUCGCGCUUUUGCAAAGCGCGGGGAAGAUUUCGCGCCACACUCGUCAGUUUGUAAACAAACACGUUCCGAAGCAGACGAUUAUUUAGCAAGGGAUUUUCACUGCAAGAAAGAAAGAAUUUACAAAAAGGCAACCGCAAAGUAACGAAGAUCGCAUUAUUAACAAUGGCAGAUACAGUCCUCAUGGAAACAGGAAAAGAAAAUGUUGAUGCCACAACGAACACAUGUGUGGAUAUCAAAGAUGCCACCACCAGCCCUCAGGGGAGUAAACCCAAGAAGAUGCACGUUGAACCACCUCAUGAUGAGCUUCAAUACCUGCAGUUGAUUCGUCGAAUUAUUGAUGAGGGACAGACUAAGGAAGACCGUACUGGGACAGGAACGAGGUCCAUCUUUGGUGUCCAGAGUAGAUACAACCUCCGAGGUCAAUUCCCUCUCUUGACAACAAAGAGAGUUUUCUGGCGUGGCCUUGCGGAGGAAUUACUUUGGUUCAUCAGAGGAUGUACCAGCGUCAAAGCUCUCGUUGAUAAGAACGUCCACAUCUGGGAUGCCAACGGUUCCAGAGAUUUUCUUGAUAAGCGUGGUCUGAGCCACUAUGAAGAUGGCGACCUGGGCCCUGUGUACGGUUUCCAAUGGCGACAUUUUGGUGCCACAUAUAAAACCAUGCAUGACGAUUACACUGGACAAGGUGUAGACCAACUUGCCAAUGUGAUCCACAAGAUCAAGACUGAUCCUACAGAUAGACGCAUCAUCAUGAGUGCAUGGAAUCCUUGCGAUCUUGAUAAGAUGGCCCUUCCACCGUGUCACGCCUUUGUCCAGUUUUACGUCGUCAACAAAGAACUGUCUUGCCAACUCUACCAACGAUCUGGUGACAUGGGUCUAGGCGUUCCGUUCAACAUUGCAAGCUACUCCUUACUGACCUACAUGAUUGCGCACAUCACUGACCUAACGCCCGGUGACUUUGUACACACUAUCGGCGAUGCGCACGUCUACAAAAAUCACAUCGAUGCUCUUGAAGUACAGCUUCAGCGUGAGCCCCUUCCCUUCCCAACCCUUCACAUCAAGAGGAAGGUUGAGAACAUCGACGACUUCACUAUGGACGACUUUGAAAUCCGGGAAUACAAAUCACAUCCAAAGAUUGCCAUGGCAAUGGCUGUUUAAGAGGCUGACUAUGAAUAAUUUAUCAGAUGAAUUAUUCAUAAUGUAAAUACAAAAUCCUUUUUGGUGUAUAUGCAAAUUGCUUUCUGGAAGUAUUGGUCUUCAGGAAGUUAGUUUUGGAUUUGGUGCGAGGGAAAACUAAUUUCAACUACAUGUAAACGUCAUGUUUUGUAUUCAUUUCUGAUACCAUUUGUUUGAAAUUGCUGUUAAGUUUUAUACAAUGUACUUCAUUGAAAUAUGCACAAAUGACAUUUUAUAUGCAUGUCAAGGUUGUCAUUUUUUUGUAUUUUCUAAAUCAUUUGAUACAUUCAUUACUAUGCAAAUGUGGGCCUUUAUUGUGUUAAUAAUAUGAAAUCUUAAUCUAUGCAGACGUCAGACGUUGAAGCGUAUGUAGACAUUUUAUUUAGCCUUUCUACAUGUAUAUAGUUUUGUAUCAAAGGUGAUUCCUUGAAAGUGGAACAUGAAAGUUGCUUUGAAAAGUUCAUUUUUGUUUCGGUGGCCAAUCAGAUAUUUUAGCUUUAACAGUAGCAUGUGUUGACAAAACAAAAUCGAGUAUAAUAUGAGUUACCGCUUUGAGCUCAUGGUUUCAAUAUUCAAAGCAUUCAAAUCUCAAAGAACAUUGCAUGUUUGAAUAUUUGUUAAAAUAUUAU